UCUCCUCUCCCCUCCCCUCCCCUCCCCUGUAAUCUCUCCUCUUCCCCAGACCCCUCUCUGUUCCUCUCAUUGGAUCGGAAAGAAGAGAGAUUGGGCGGUGACACUCCACCUCCAUCAAUCCCCUCGAGACCUAACCAGCAUACGCGAAUCGCCGAUCCGGACCAUGGACGCCAACUGGCGGCCCACCCAAGGGUCUGGCCCCGCCGCCGCCGGCGGCGGCGGCGGCGCUGACCCGCCCCCCGCCGGAGGCGACUGGCGCGCCCAGCUCCAGCCCGAGGCGCGCGGCAGGAUCGUCGAUAAGAUAAUGGAGACUCUGAAGAAUCAUCUGCCAGUAUCUGUGCCUGUGACGCCAGAGGCACUGAACGAACUUCAAAAAAUCGCUGCGCGAUUCGAAGAAAAGGUCUAUACCGAAGCAACCAGUCAGUAUGAUUAUUUGCGGAAGAUUUCUGUGAAGUUGCUCUCAAUGGAGACGCAGAGACAGCAGGCUCCUGGAAAUGCUUUGCUGAUUCCAAAUCAAAACAACCCUGCCCCUGGACUCCAUCCACAAGGCAGUAAUCAAGCACAGACAUCAGCAGUUCCCUUGAUGUCUCAGCAACAGGCCCGGCAGCCAAAUGCUUCUACAUCUGUACAAGCUUCUUCACUCACUAAUAUCAGACAGAACUUGCCAGGUGUCAACCAAACAUCAAUGAUGCAGACUGCGUCUGUCAUUCCACAAAACACAAUGAAUAAUGGCUUGGCGCAAGGCACUUCACAAGAUGUUUAUGCUGCACAAAGGCAAAUGGCAGGCAGGCAGCAACAGGAACAAUCUCAGCAAUUAAUUUAUCACCAGCAUCAACAGCCUUCUCUGCAGAGUCAGCAGCCCAAUAUUCCUUUACAACAGCAGCAACAACAGUUGAUGGGACAACAGCCAAAUUUACAACAAAAUCAGCUAAUUGGUCAACAGAAUGGUGCUGUGAUGAUGCAGCAGCAACAGAGGCUAACAGUUCAGUCAAAUAAUCUUUUGAAUGUGCAGCAAACACAUCAGAUGUUGAACCAGCAGUAUAUGCCUUUGUAUCAGCCACAACAAUUGGGCUCUCAAGCAAAUAUGUUGAGUCUAAAGCAGCAUCAACAAAAUCAACAGCAGCAGCAACUUUUUGGAACUGUGCCUAAUGUGUCAAACAUGCAGUGGAUGCAUAUGCAACAAACAAAAGCUCAGCAACCACAGCAACAACAUGCUCAGCAGCCACCAAUGGGUUUGAUGCAACCUCAGUUUCAACACAACCAACUUCAACAAUUGCAACAUCUUAUGCCACAGUUCCAGUCUCAGCCUAACCAACUACAAGAGCAAUUAAGGACGCAGCAGCAAUCCUCCAUGCAGCAAAGACUUCAAACUUCAGGAGCCAUGUUCUUGCAACAAAAUAACAUGGAUCAGCAAAACCAGUUUAUUCAGGCACAGAGGGGCCUUCAAGAAGUUUCCUCUAGUACAUCUGCGGACUAUACUGCUCAAACAGGCCAUGCAAGUGCAGGUGAUUGGCAAGAGGAGAUACAUCAAAUGAUUAAGAGGUUAAAGGACCAAUACUUUGCAGAACUCAGUGAAUUAUUCAAUAAGAUGUCUGUGAAGCUACAGCAUGUUGACAGCAUUAUUCCACCUCAAAUAUCAUCUGAGCAGUAUGAUAGAAUGAAGAGCUUUAAAAUAAUGUUGGAGCGCAUAUUACAAAUGCUGCAAAUUGGUAAAAGUAGUGUCCAACCUGCUAUGAGGGACAAAGUUCCUCGAUAUGAGAAACAGAUUAUCAGUAUCUUGAACUCAAAAAGGAAGCCAGUGCAGCCACAAAUACAACAACAAUUCCAGCCACCUCCAGGGAGAAGAGGGAGAGAGCUUACUGUGGUGGCUGAGGCAGAGGCACCCCGCGAUCGAGUUGGGCAGGACCGUACGGCGGUGAGGGUGGUCCGGGCACGCGUGACUAGCGAGGGUGACGACCGUGCAAGCAAGGCAAGGGCGAUGGGCAGCUAGGGAUUUGUGCAAAGGAAGAAGGGGAAUUUGGCCAGGUCCUGUGUGGCCUAGGGUUAAGUGGAAUGAACUUACCGGAGGUGUUGUGGGGGUUGAUUUAAUCAUAAAGUAAUUAUGUGGAAUGGACUUACCGAUGGUUGAAGGGUCUAACAGUUCGGGUAAUAGUAGACAGGACCAGCCAAUGAUUGUUUUCUAAGGCCCACAACUGAUAUUGUUUUUGCAAUUUCCAUACAAUAUCAUAAAACCAUAAAACCCUAAAACCCUAAAAAUGACAAUAAAUACCUAACAAUGUACCAGUGGUGGGUGGCAAGAGAGCCCGCAAUUGAUUUGUAAAGUAUCAGUGGCGGUCGUCAUAUUUUAACCGCCACCGGAGUUUGAGCUCAGAUAUUAGCCCAUGGCUAAUUUGGGCCAAUCUGGGCAGGUGGGUAUCAUAGACCGCCACUCGUAACUCAAUUACCAGUGGUGGGCGGGCGAACACACUUGCCACUGGUGCCCACGGCUAAUCUGGGACCAUAAUACCAGUGGCGGGUGCGAAAUGAUGCAAUUAAGCAGUAUUGUCGAUCUGGCCUCUCAUUAUUUUGGACAUGGCUAGCCAGCGCCCAUGCGUUCAUUGGGGCUGACGAGCAGUUGCCCAUAUACGGAAAGUCGGUCUGUCACUUUCCCAAAAGAGCAAAACUAGUGUCCCCCACCACGUGAUUCCAAAGCUAGCCGAAUCCAGAAGGGAAAGUACUCGACGUCUUCACCUUACAAGGAAAUCAAUUACGAUCCUAUCCCACAUGCAUUUAUUUGGGUUUCAAAAAAUUUAAAAAGCUAUAAUUUUUGUUUACACGUCGGAACUCAGAUCUGUUUUCACCUCUGGGUUUCUCGCGACAAGUUCUUCAAAAGUAGAUCCCAUAUGGGUAGGUUUGGACAGACUUUUUUCGUGGGCAACUUUGGGUGGUAUUGAGGCAACUUUAGUGCUAUAGGAAGCAACUUCUUUUUUCCCAGUAUAAUUGCCUAACAACAAAAAAUCCUAUGGAGGCAACUUUAAUGCUAUAGAAAAAUAAUUUCUUCUUAGUUUGUCUAGCAUGACUGCCUACAAUAGAAAGUCCUUAUAUUGUUAGCUACCAUUACUAUCGAGUUAACUAGAUUCACCAUCAAGUUGCCUACCAUAACUAGCAAUAGAAGACAAUAUAGCAUCAACUGUAGACGACUUCGGAAUAUUAUAGGCAAUUUAGGAACAACGACAUAUGAGCAAGAACCGUACGCAACUUAAAAGCACCGGUGAGCAAGUUAGGAGAAUGUCGGGCAAAAUUAACUAGAACACAAAAUUUGGUGAAGUUGGCUAUUUUUAGCACUAAAGUUGCCUCUAGUAGAACGAAAAAUGGUUAGGAAGGUUAUGUGAUGUCACCUACCUCUCGAAGUUGUUCACUAUUAGUAGUGAGUGGCUUAUUGUUGCCGAUCAUAACUAGCAAUGGCAGACAAUAGAGCAUCAACGACAGGCGACUUCAUUGUAUUAUAGGCAAUUUAGAAAUGAGCAAUGCUACACAUACAUGAACUUACGUCCAGGUUUUAUGUAAAUGAUGAUGUGGGUGUUGUUAAUUGGGCUAGGAUUAGCAGCUGGGGCCCACCCUGGUUGAAAUCAGGGGAGAGGAGAGAAUGAUAUGGAAGGUUAAGUAAGCAUACGUAGGACCUUUCGUAGGUCUAGCAUUUUUGUUUAGAAUUUACGACAUACAAGCAUGAAUGGUAGGCAAGGUUUACGAGUCGAUGAGUGGACAAGUCGUUCUGAGGUUGAGACUCAUAGACUAAGUGUGACUAAUCGACACGAAUCGACACUGAAGUUUCGACUCAGAGACUAGUCGACACUGAAGUCUAGUCGGCCCUGAAGUUGAGACUCAUAAACUAGUCUACAGACUAGUCUUGACUAGUCCUUGGACUCAUAAUCCAUGAUAGUAGGCAAGUUAGAAGUAGCGGUGAGCAAGUUAGGAGAAUGUUACACAAAAUUAACUAGGACAUCAAAUGUAGUGAAGUUGCCUAUUUUGGUGAACUAACUAAAGUUGCCUCUAGUAGAAGGAAAGUUGCUUAUGAAGGUGAUGUGGUGUUACCUACCUCUUUUUUGAAAGUUGUUCGCUAUUACUAGUUAGUCGCUUAUAGUUACUAAUUAGUUGCUUUUAAUAGAGUGAGUUUCUUCUGUUUAGCACUACAAUUGCCUCAUCUAACAUCAAAGUUGCUUUUGAAAAACAAAUCGAAACAUAUCCAUAUGGGUUCACAUUUUGAAGAGCUAGUCGUGACCUGGCUAGCCAGUGCCCACACUCUUAGUAGCGUUGGCGGGCACAUAAUCCCCCCUACCUCGAAAUGGAAAGCACAAGGCUCUCGUACAAUCCGUCCCCACUUAGUUUCCAAAUUUGGAAUCAUGAUAGGCAACUUAGAUCCCACUUUUUUUUCCUGAUGUUGUAGCCAACUUAUAUCCCUUGAUGGACAACUUCCAUAGUAUUGUAGGAAAUUGAGGAUUACCCAUAGGGAACUUCGUAGCGACGUAGGCAACUAGGUUUUUGAGGUCGACAACACUAGGAGCCAUCUUAGGCAACUUUCCGCUCUAUGAUAAGCAACUUCCAUAGUAUGGUAGGCAACCAAACUAUCAACAACUUAGUUUUUGAUAUAUGUAAUGUAGCAACCAUGUUAACACUUAUAACACUACUGCACACAACUAAUUAGAAGGCUACUAGGUGAAUUCACUAAUACACAUAGUGCAAUUAAGUUGCUUCUUUGUAGCGCCAAAGUUGCCCAAUGUAGCAUCAAAGUUGCUCUAAAAAAAGUUCGUCAAAAUAUACCCAUAUGGGAUCUAGUUUUGAAGAACUCGUCGCGAGACCCAACGGUGAAUAUGAAUCUGAAUACCAAUACUCUAAUCAAAAGCUAUGAUUUGUUAAAUUUUAUAAAACCCAAAUAAAUGCACCUACUUUUCCUUUCUUGAUUGAUGUGUGCAAAAUAGGGAGCGUUCGAAGGGAUGAGGACCAGAUACUUUCCCUUUUUGUAGUGUAAUGAUGACACGGGGUGCCAAUUACCCUUUAUAGCAGGUCUGCUCAGAUGCACCCCGUGCCGUGUGAGUUUUUUGUCGUGUACUGCGUGCGCUCAGGAAGCCCAAUUAGUGCAGCUGCACUAAGAAGCAUUUGGGCAUUAUUUUUACCUUACAUAGAAAAAAAGUUUAGGGGAAAAUGUGUGUUGUCCAUCAGGACCCCCACGCCCUUACUUAUCGUGCUAACAGUUACGUUGGACUAUAAUACAAGGUCCUUAUUAGAAAACUGGACUUUUGGAUCCCAACUCUUAUCAAACCCUUAGGGCACUCCUGGUGCAUUGUAUCUUGUGUUUUAUCAUGUGCACUAAAUACGUGUUUAGAUACAACUCUUCCAGUGGCUAAUAUCUUAUUGUUGUAUCUAAAUGAGCUGCCAUUUAAUAUGUUGUGUGAGGGAAAAAGAAUAAUUAUCUUGGGUUACCUGAUAAUGGUUGUAUCUUGGUAAUAUACAUUCUCUCCUUUUCCUCACUAACUAGGCUUCAACAAUGGUAUUUGGACUUUUGCUUAGGUGGGAUGUUUUAGAUACAACUGGCAUCAUUGCACUGGGUUUUCCCUAAGUACGACUCAAAUAGUUUACAUGAACUAGCUUGAAAAUAUUUUAAACUUUUUUGGAGAUGACAACCAGAUUCAUUUCAGAUGCAAUUAUAUGUUUUCUGACAAGUGAAAUGCACCAUAGGUCCUAGAACUAUCGAGGGGGUGGCAAGUUAGUCCUAAAGCAUUAAAACUGCAUUUCACACUUUUUUUAACCUGAAUUAAGAUGGAUAGAAGGACAGCUCGAAGAUUGAAUUAUAUAUUGUGAUGUUUAGUGAUCAAGUACUGUGUAAUAAUCAUUUUGACUAAACUGAUCUUAUUGAUCUCUGACUGUUGUUCACCACAAUGGGUUUUCUUAUUUGUUAGAAUUUUUUGUGGAAAAAUGCUACUGUGCAAUAAUCAUGAUGACUAAGCUGUCCAUAUUGAUCUUCUGUGAUUGUUUUAUUUGGUUCACAAGUUUUCCAAUUGCCCCUGCUUGUAGCUUGUUCUUUGUUGGUUGUUCAUUGAAUCCUGAUACUCAUUGACAACCUUCUUCUCCAUGCGACAUCUGUGGAUUCUACUGCU